CACCUCACUCUUGGCUUAAUGCCUCUCAAACCAUGCCUAAAGUCGGGUCAUCAUAACCCUUCCAGUGGCUGCAAUUCUAACAAUCAUCCACCAAUACCUAUCGACUCAGCGACUUCGACUUAUGGUGAAUACUCUGCUCUCCCCUAUGCCCAGCCAUUUGUCCACUUUCCACCUUCCCCAACUUUGACAAGCACACAUGUUGUCGACGAUUCUCGCAUAUAUGAUCGCACUCCCAUCGUAGUGGCAGAAAAUGAUUGUGCUCUUCCCCAACGAGGCUGCCCGGGCCGUACUUACAUCGGAAUCGAGCGUCGUUCAGCGCCCAGGUCGGCUUCACCUGGUAAUCACCUCCAUCCCUCAGCAGCUCGAUUUUCCAACUACUCCAUGUCUCUGCAUGCCGACCCUUCCCGUGUGCCCUCACUAACGAGCGACGAAACAAGUUCGGACGACUCGGAUGGGGCAGUACCCACGCCACCAGAAUUUUGUCAUCCAUCUUCCUCUGGAAGUAUGUCUCCGCUGUGUCACUCGCUGUGUAACCCUGAUCAUCACUCGCCCUGCUGUCAGACCCAACGCGCUACUCUCGGUCUCUCCUUUCCUCUUCCUCAUCCUUCUGAUCCUCCCCGCUCAUCUUUUCGGACUCCGAUAACUUCGAACACGUCUUCGAAUUACGGUUCCUCUAGGUACAACCAUUCUAAUAAAUUCGCUCGUGAUGGUCCCACGUUUGCCUCGGCGUUAGAUAGUUCAUGUUUAGGAGGGUUUUGAACGGAGAAACGGAUCAUGGCGAGCGAAGAAGGGUUGUUGAUCUGAUCUUUCCUUGUGCCCAUCUUCAAUUGCCUUGCUUUCUUUCCACCAUUUCACUCACGACAAAUAUACCCUCCCCCAUUACGAACUCGCACUUUUCAUUGUAAGACUACUGCCACCACUAUUUCAGUUUAUGCCAGUAUCAUUUGCUGCCAAUUCACAUAGAAUGUUGUCAUCAACCAUUAGAGGCUGGAUUACCCCCUUACGCUCUGCUGUCCAUGAUCUUAAGGCCUUCACACCGUUUCUUCCCUGAAUGUAGAUCAACCAUUUGAAUACAAAGACGUGCGUGGCA